ACGCUCCCCAUUGGUGCCCUGCGCACCACGUGAUCCGCAGCCUUGACGUCACAGCAGGAGGUUGCGGGGCUAAGCGGAGUCUGAGCGGCGGCUCAGAUACAGGCGCCCGGAGUUCGGACUACGAGCGGCACCAAACUGCAGCUCUCCGGUGCUUCCUUCCUGCUCCUCCUCGCCGGUUUACCAGCAACUUUGACCUUCCUCUCCCUGAAGUAAGCUAAUGGACUACUAAAGGAAACUUUCUGUAAACCUUCAACAACAGCUUUAAAGCUAGCAAACACACAUCAGUCAGUCACUGGAUUCAGGCUAGAGAGAUAAGGCGGCUUCAACACUUGACAAUCGGAAGCGCCGCCGCCGCUGCUCUCACAUCUCCCACAGCCUCAGCAACAGCAGCCGUCAUGGGCAAGCAGAACAGCAAGCUGCGUCCCGAUGUCAUGCAGGACCUGAUGGACAACACGGACUUCACGGAGCACGAGAUCACCGAGUGGUACAAGGGUUUCCUGCGAGACUGCCCCAGCGGCGCCCUCUCCAUGGAGGAGUUCAAGAAGAUCUACGCCAACUUCUUCCCGUACGGCGACGCCUCCAAGUUCGCCGAGCACGUCUUUCGCACGUUUGAUGCCAACGGCGACGGGACUAUAGACUUCAGGGAGUUCAUCAUCGCCCUCAGCGUCACCUCACGGGGUCGGCUUGACCAGAAGCUGAAGUGGGCCUUCAGCAUGUACGACCUGGACGGGAAUGGGUACAUUAGCAGAGCAGAGAUGCUGGAGAUCGUAACGGCCAUUUACAAGAUGGUUUCCUCUGUGAUGAAGAUGCCAGAGGACGAAUCCACACCAGAGAAGCGCACAGAUAAGAUCUUCAGGCAGAUGGACACAAAUAAAGACGGUAAACUGUCUCUUGAGGAAUUUGUCGAGGGGGCAAAGAACGACCCCUCCAUUGUGCGACUGCUGCAGUGCGAUCCCAGCAGUGCUGGGCAGUAGAAAACUGGACUCUUCCCACUGAUAAAUCCCUUUUAAUCUCUCUGAUCUGACCUGCCUGAGAUUGUUUUUAACACCACAUGACCUUUGGAGGCACAUGAACACUCAGACCUGCAGCUGUACAUGAUACACAAAAAAAAACAUCCAAAAAAUGUCCGUUAGACUCGCACACUGACACACUGUUCAUGUGCCUCUUUGCCUUGGCAAAGGCUGCUGUCAAAAACAAGUCUCACUCGGGGUACAGGGGGGACUGGAAAGACUGAAAUCCCAUCAGACUUGUUCAAGCAGAAGCUAUUCCUGCUCCGACUUGAGAGGAAAAGCCGGCAAGGAUAACCCUGUUGUUGUGCUAUUCUAAGUUUGCUGGUUUUUCUUUUUAUUUACGAGAAAAAAAGUCCCAAUUCAAGAAGAA